UUUCCAUACACACUUCUCUGUCAACAUACAUUUUCUCGAGUCCAAAAAAAAAUUUUUUUCUUCUGUAAUUUUAAUUUUUUUCUAUCGGUGUAAUCCCAAAGAAAGAAAAAAAAAAUACUUUGUUGUGUAAGAAAUUAAAUUACAUCCUUACACACUACAAACCAACAACUCCUUUUAUCUGGCGAAGAACCCACAAAAUUCCAUUAAUUUUAUGCUCCUAGAAAAACUUACCUCAGGAAAAACGAAAACAAAAUAAAAUCACCAUCAUCAUGUCUGGUUGGGAUGUUUACGACGAUAUGAAUUUAUAUAUAACACCGGAAAGAUUUAUCGUUGAACCAAAUGGCAAAGAUGAAUUACUUAUCAUCGAUCGGGUCUCGAAUUUUGUCAAAGUCCAAGUUAAAUCAAAUCAAUUAGAUAAUCAAAUACCAAUUCGACGGGUUUGUGGUAUUCUUGGAACCAUUCGGCUUUUGGGUGGACAAUAUUUAAUUGUUGCCACUCAUCGGCUAUUUGUUGGCAUAGUCAACGGUGCAAUAAUCUGGCGGUUAGCCGGAUUCGAUGUGAUUCCAUACAUUCCAUCUAUAACACAUUUGAGGCAGCAGCAACGCGAACAAAAUGAAAUUUAUUUGAAUAUGGUUCGCAAGACUCUGGACACACAGUAUUUUUAUUUUUCAUAUUGGUAUGAUUUGACGCACACUCAACAACGAUUGCAUUCCAUGCCGCCAGAGUUUUUGAAAAAUGGACUCUUGGAUCGAGCUGAUAGUCGAUUCGUUUGGAAUGGCACACUACUUCGCAAUUUUAAUUGUCCUGACAUGAAGAAGUUUGCUUUACCAUUGAUAUUGGGAUUUGUAUCUGUAAAUCAAGUUACCAUAAACGGCCAUACUUUCUAUUGGUCACUCAUUUCUCGUCGAUCAAUUCAAAGAGCUGGAACUCGUCAUUUCAGUCGAGGCAUCGAUGAAAAUGGAAAUGUUUCCAACUUUGUUGAAACCGAACAAUUGGUCGAAUACAACGGACAACGGAUAUCAUUCGUUCAAACACGUGGAAGUAUGCCAUUCUAUUGGCGUCAAACUCCAAAUCUCCGCUACAAACCACCACCAGAGUUGGUAUCAGGAAAAGAUCAUCUUCUCGCCUGCAUGAAGCAUUUCGAUAUGCAAUUGCAAUCAUAUGGAAAACAAGUUUUAGUUAAUUUGGUUGAUCAUAAAGGAGCCGAAGGAACUCUCGAAAAAGCCUUUGAGACAUUCGUCAAUCAAAUGAAUAAUCCACUUGUUCGAUACGAAUCGUUUGAUUUUCAUCUCGAGUGCAAAAAAAUGCGCUACGAUCGAUUAAAUAUUUUAAUUGAUCGUCUUGCCUACGAGCAAGAUGAAUUCUCUGUGUUUCAUCUUCGUGACGAUGGUAAUUUAGUAUCAUCUCAAGAUGGAACAUUCCGCACGAAUUGCAUCGAUUGUUUGGAUCGGACAAAUGUCGUACAAAGUAUGCUUGCGCGUAGAUCACUCAACCAAGUACUGGUAAAGCUGGGAAUUCUAAGAACUGGACAAAAAAUCGAAACGGUUUCUCCAAAUUUUGAAGCUAUUUUCAAAGGGGUUUGGGCAGAUCAUGCUGAUAUGAUCUCCCUUCAAUACUCAGGUACUGGUGCCUUGAAAACAGAUUUUACACGCACAGGCAAGCGAACCAAAGCAGGCCUAAUACAAGAUGGAAUAAAUUCUUUGACUCGAUAUUAUUUAAAUAAUUUCUGCGAUGGUUUCAGACAGGAUGCUAUUGAUCUCUUUUUGGGUAAUUAUAUUGUUCAAGAAGGUGAAGGAGUUCUUGUCAGAUCUCCAUUAACACAGAAUCGUGGCUGGAAGUAUGGAACGUUCCCUCCUGUAUUGCUAUUUGCCGUUUCUAUGUUCUUUGCAUCUGUGAUUUUCCCAACCGAAAUGCGAACCGAAAAUCUUCUCUUUUUACUUUUCUGGGGCGCAAUGGUUGGUGUGACUACAAGUGGUAUCUUCCGCUAUGGAACCGAAUUCGUUGAUUGGCCACGAUUAUAUCCACCAUUCAAAAUCGAAGCCUAACAUACGGCCUCCAAUCCGCUUGAAUUAAUGAAUUAUGCAGCUCAAUUAGAAGUAGAUAGAUUGAAAAAUGUCAACUUCUUUAAAAAAUGAGUUCACGAAUUAAAUUAAAUUAAAAAAAAAAAACAUAAGAAACCAAAUUAACCAGGCCACAACUUCCAUGCCAGAGAUGUA